GCCGCCGUCUCGGGGUUUUAUCUGUGGGAAGCUGCGGUACUGCUCAGCUUGGUAGCCACAAAGGAAACAGACAGUGCAAGAUCUCGUAGCAUGCCAAUGUCACCAUCUGAUUUCCUGGAUAAGCUGAUGGGUAGGAUGUCAGGCUAUGAUGCAAGGAUCAGACCAAAUUUCAAAGGUCCUCCAGUUAAUGUCACAUGCAACAUAUUUAUAAACAGCUUUGGAUCCAUUGCAGAGACAACCAUGGAUUACAGAGUGAACAUCUUUCUCCGUCAGAAUUGGAAUGAUCCACGCCUUGCAUACAGUGAAUAUCCAGAUGACUCUUUAGAUUUAGAUCCAUCCAUGCUGGAUUCAAUUUGGAAACCUGAUUUGUUCUUUGCUAAUGAAAAAGGUGCCAACUUUCAUGAAGUUACAACAGAUAAUAAGUUGUUGCGGAUUUUCAAAAAUGGAAAUGUACUUUAUUCCAUCAGAUUGACUUUAAUACUUUCCUGUCCGAUGGAUCUCAAAAAUUUUCCGAUGGAUGUGCAAACAUGUAUAAUGCAGCUGGAAAGCUUUGGGUACACAAUGAAUGAUCUCAUUUUUGAGUGGCAAGAAAAGGGAGCGGUUCAAGUAGCAGAAGGUCUCACUCUGCCACAGUUUCUGUUGAAAGAAGAAAAGGAUUUGUGCUACUGCACCAAGCAUUACAAUACAGGAAAGUUUACGUGUAUUGAAGUCCGAUUUCACCUUGAGAGGCAGAUGGGUUACUAUCUCAUCCAGAUGUACAUUCCGAGCCUCCUGAUUGUCAUUCUCUCCUGGGUGUCAUUUUGGAUCAAUAUGGAUGCAGCUCCAGCCAGAGUGGCUCUGGGCAUAACAACUGUACUGACCAUGACAACUCAAAGCUCAGGUUCACGGGCAUCUCUUCCAAAAGUGUCCUACGUCAAAGCCAUUGACAUCUGGAUGGCAGUGUGUCUGCUCUUUGUAUUUUCUGCACUUUUGGAGUAUGCAGCUGUAAACUUCGUGUCGAGGCAGCAUAAAGAACUUCUGCGAUUCCGACGCAAGAGGAAGAAGAGCAAGGAUGAUGAUACACGUGACAGUCAGUUCAGCAUUACAGCGUAUGGAGUGGGCCCGUGUGUGCCAGCAAAAGAUGGAAUAACACAAAAGGGGCCAAAUAAUCCUGUUCAAGCUGUACCAAAAAGCCCUGAGGAGAUGAGAAAGGUGUUCAUUGACCGGGCCAAGAAGAUAGACACAAUAUCCAGAGCUUGUUUCCCAUUAGCCUUUCUGAUUUUCAACAUUUUUUAUUGGGUAAUCUACAAGAUCAUCAGGCAUGAGGACAUUCACCAAUAACAAGAUUCAGGCUUGCAGUACAUAAAGGUCUGGCUGUCACACUCAACAGGAGGCUUUUUGUUAGAAAUGCACAUCAGAGGAGUGAUUGGA